AGAGAAGUUCACGGAGACUAAACGGGUGUGGCUUCAAAUGUGAUAAAUCUGCGCGCGGCCGGGGGGAAAGAAUGCUCCACGGCAUUACUGAUUAAGACAAAUAUCUGAAUGUUUAUCUGACACAGAAAAACAUAACAUUUCCUAGAAGUGUGGGUUGCGGCGGCGUGAGCGGCAGCUGGGGUUUGCGUGCUCGGCUUUCAGCAGCUGGAAUACUUUUUACCGCUGAACUUCGUGGCCUGUUUUCUGCUGUUUAACCUGCUCUGCUGAUCCGCUGUGAAAACGAGGAGAAGGUCUGUCAAGAAAAGUUAAUACCGUUUUUUUUUUUUUGUUUUGCGGCCAGCUGUAAUAUAAAAAAAAUAAAGACCACAGAUGUUGACCUAUUGACUGAAGGACUUAAGGAGUCUUGGGGAAUUUCAAGACGUUUGUUAGAAGUUCACACCGUUUUGAAGAUUUGUUUUUUCCUUUUUCCUUCUUCUUUUUUUUAAUGAUUUUUGUUCCCUCUUGCGGAUGAACGGACUCCGUCACGUUUUUUUCGUAACUCGCCAAAAAGGGAAGUCACCUCGCUCAAACUCCUGUCCUGGUUUUUAGAUAAGAAAGAAAGGAGUGGGGGUUUACGGACUUAGAAGUUACUAUAAUUUUUCUCCAGGUGAUAUUUUCCCCAUUAAACAGCAGACCUGAAGCGUGCACUGGGAACCAUGGGUUGUACGGUCAGCCAGGAAGAUAAAGCCGCGGCCGAGAGGUCUAAAAUGAUUGACAAAAACCUGAGAGAAGAUGGAGAAAAGGCAGCGAGAGAAGUGAAACUGUUGCUGCUCGGUGCUGGGGAGUCAGGGAAGAGCACCAUUGUGAAGCAGAUGAAGAUUAUUCAUGAAGACGGCUACUCAGAAGAUGAGUGUAAGCAGUACAGGGCAGUUGUCUACAGCAACACAAUCCAGUCCAUUAUGGCCAUCAUCAAAGCCAUGGCCAACCUCAAGAUCGAUUAUGAGGAAGGUGCUAGAGCAGAUGAUGCCCGCCAGCUGUUUGCACUGUCUGCAUCUGCAGAGGAGCAGGGCAUCCUGCCAGAAGAUUUGUCUAAUGUCAUCCAACGGCUGUGGACCGACGGCGGCGUCCAGAGCUGCUUCACACGGGCUCGAGAGUACCAGCUCAAUGACUCCGCAGCCUACUACCUGAAUGAUCUGGAGAGGAUAGCCAAGCCCGACUACAUCCCCACACAGCAGGAUGUGCUGCGGACCCGUGUCAAGACUACAGGCAUCGUGGAAACACAUUUCACUUUCAAGGACCUGCACUUCAAGAUGUUUGAUGUCGGAGGUCAGCGAUCAGAAAGGAAGAAGUGGAUCCACUGCUUUGAGGGUGUCACAGCCAUCAUUUUCUGUGUAGCCAUGAGUGCCUAUGACCUGGUUCUGGCUGAGGAUGAGGAAAUGAACCGGAUGCAUGAGAGCAUGAAGCUCUUUGACUCGAUCUGCAAUAACAAGUGGUUCACAGAGACGUCCAUUAUCCUGUUCCUCAACAAGAAGGACCUGUUUGAGCAGAAGAUCGUCCACAGCCCUCUGACCAUCUGCUUCCCCGAGUACACCGGCCCCAACAAGUACGAGGAGGCUCAAGCAUACAUCCAGACCAAAUUUGAGGACCUGAACAAGAAGAAGGACACCAAGGAAAUCUAUACCCACUUCACCUGCGCCACUGACACCAAGAACGUGCAGUUUGUUUUCGACGCGGUCACUGAUGUCAUUAUCAAGAACAACCUGAAGGACUGUGGCCUCUUCUAAAAGCGAGUCUGAUAAAGGGUCAAGAUUACUUGAACAGUUGUGAUGACCGCAAAGAUGGGGGAAUAUAAACAACUUCACAAACGGCUGCACUGUCCAUCCACGAUUUCUGCUUUCAUCUGCUUUUUAUAAAGACACCUAAGAGACUGAAAACCUGACAAGCCUUGCAAAUUUUCAACUGUAGCUGAUCCAGUUGCUCAUAUUGUUAACUCUUUGGGCUAUGACCACAAAUCAACAUUUAUUCUUCUAUUUUUGUUUGGGUUUUUUUUCUUCUUUGUUUUGAAUUACUCAAGGAGGGAAAGAAAAACUUUUUAUAUAAGUGCAAACAUUUUACUUGUAGAAAUUCUGAUGUUCAAAUUAUUAAACUUUUAAUCACAUGAAACUUACUUUUUUUAAAGAUAAAGGACAGGCAUGGACAUAAAAUGAUUGAUAAAAGGAAAGUGCUUUUUUUUUGUUAAAUGUUUACAUCAGUUCAUCAUUUAUAGCCAAAACAUAUAUUGUUCUGCAUGACAACACAUGAGAAAUAUUAGUUCUGCAAUCUGCAUAAUUGUGUAACAUUCCUGUAAAAUGAUAAAAAAAAGCGAGGAAAAAAAAGUAAAUAAAAGAAAUGACAUUUAAAAAAAAAAAAAGAAGGGGGGGGUGCGGCUUCACCUGCAGAGGGAAAUCGUGGUUAAAUUCUAACAUGUAUUUAAAGUAUGUGUGAACCUAACAUUCUAUCACUUUUUAUAGUACCGUUUCUGUCUAUUGUAGUAUGUUUGUGCCUUUUUUUCUGUUUACAACCGGGUCCUAGAUAUGCUUUUAGUACUGUUCGACCUACUGUGUGCAGACUUUUUUUUUUUCUUUCUUUUUUCAGCCUAGCACCUAUGAAUGCAUAGUGAUUAUUAAUAAGAGACGAAAAUCUAAUUCAGAAAAAAAAAAGGUUAGUGUUUUUGGUAAUUAUUAAAAUGCUUCAAAAGUCCUAUAUGAUUUAAUUUAAAUAAAAGUAGAUGUCACUUGACUUGAAUUUGUUUUUCCUUUCUUUUGCAUGUGUUUUACAAUUUUAUUUUAUUUUUAUUGGCCAGUUGAUAGCAUUGGAAGUCUUGUUACUAGUGAUGACAUAAAAUACAUGAACUGUUUCACUUUAGGCAAACAUUGAAAUAAAUGGCUAUAAGCUGUUAUGUCAUUA